AUGAGCAUUGCACAGUGUCACAGACACCGGCCGCUACACCUGCGUGGCUGUCCAACGCAGGAGGAGAACAACAGAAGCACUAUGACCUGCGGGUGUGUUAGGUGCGCUCCGGGCUUCCUGGGAGAGUACUGCCACCAUAAGGACCCCUGUCUGCCUGGCUACUGCAUGAACGGAGGGAGUUGCACUGUGUCGUUGUCUGGGGGUGUGCCUGUCCCGGGGAACCCCACCUGCACCUGUCCCAUCGGGUACACAGGCCAGCACUGCCAGACCCCGCAGAACUCCUCCUGCUACCCCAGCAACCCCUGCACCAACAAGGGGAAGUGUGAGCUGGUGACGGCUCUGGACAAGUUCAAGUGCCGCUGUCCCAGAGGGUGGUCAGGCCCUCGGUGUGAGUUCGAGGACAGCUGUCUCUCCGGCCCCUGUGCUAACGGCGGCGUGUGCACGGCUCGCUCCAGUCAGAGCUACGACUGCUCCUGUCCGUCAGGAUACACAGGUCCUCGAUGUCUCAACGACACCGACGAGUGCGCGGCCACACCCACAAUUUGCCAGAACGAAGGCCUGUGCAUCAAUACUCCCGGCUCAUACAAGUGUAUUUGUGACUCUGGCUUCACGGGGCGACACUGUGAGAGCUCAUACGUGCCGUGUUCCCCUUCUCCCUGUCUCAACGGAGGAACCUGCCAGAGCUACGACUUCAGCUACUCCUGUCACUGCCUGCCCGGGUUUAACGGCACAAACUGUGAGAACAACAUAGACGACUGCCCAGGCCACCAAUGUGCCAAUGGAGGGACCUGCAUGGACGGGGUCAACACUUACAACUGCCAAUGUCCUCCAGAGUGGACAGGUCAGCACUGCACCGAGGACGUGGACGAGUGCCGCCUCCAGCCCAACACGUGCCAGAACGGGGGCACGUGCAGCAACUUACCGGGCAGUUACGUGUGCGUCUGCGUCAACGGCUGGAUGGGGCCCGACUGCUCAGAGAACAUUGAUGACUGUGCCAGCGCAGCCUGUCAUACGGGGUCCACCUGCAUUGACCGUGUGGCCUCCUUCAUCUGCGUCUGCCCGCACGGAAAGACCGGUUUGCUGUGCCACAGAGAUGAUGCUUGUAUCAGUAACCCGUGCAGAGAAGGCUCCCACUGCGACACAAACCCCAUCAGUGGCAAGUUUAACUGCAACUGCCCCACUGGGUACAUGGGCAGCACUUGUAACAUAGACCGAGAUGAAUGCAGCAUCGGUGCAAAUCCUUGUGAGCAUGGAGGCCAGUGCGUCAACACAGACGGGUCCUUCACGUGCAACUGUGUGCGGGGCUUUGCCGGACCUCGCUGUGAGCAAGACGUCAACGAGUGUGCGUCCAGCCCCUGUCAGAAUGAUGGCACCUGUUUGGACCGCAUUGGAGAGUACACCUGCAUCUGCAUGCCUGGAUUUGAAGGGACUCAUUGUGAAAUUGAAAUGAAUGAGUGUCUGAGCUCACCUUGUCUGAACCAGGGGAAAUGUUUGGAUCAGGUCAGUCGCUUUGUCUGCGAAUGCCCGGCAGGUUUUAGUGGUGAAAUGUGUCAAAUAGACAUUGAUGAAUGCUCCAGUACACCCUGCUUAAAUGGAGCUAAGUGCACUGACCGGCCAAAUGGAUACGACUGUGAAUGUGCAGAAGGCUUUAUGGGUGUGCUCUGUGAGGAGAAUGUCAACGACUGCAUGCCUGAGCCAUGCCAUCACGGUGUGUGCAAAGACGGCAUUGCCACGUUCUCCUGCGAUUGCCACCUUGGAUACACAGGCUCCAUCUGCAACAUCCAGGUGCAGGAGUGCCACAGUAACCCCUGUCAGAACAGAGGCCGCUGCAUCGACCUGGUUAACGCUUACCAGUGCAACUGUCCACCAGGCACCACAGGAGUGAACUGUGAAUUUAAUGAAAAUGACUGUGCUAACAAACCUUGUGAAAAUGGAGAGUGCAUUGAUGGCAUCAAUGAUUAUGAAUGUGUCUGCACUCCAGGAUACACAGGAGUGAAGUGCAAUGUGGAAAUUAACGAGUGUGCCUCAAACCCGUGCAUGAGUGGGGGCACUUGUGUGGACAAAAUCAACGGUUUUCAGUGUCUUUGUCCUUCGGGCACCCAUGGUCCUCUGUGUCUCUCUGGGAUGGACCACUGCGUUCACCGGCCCUGUCUUCAUGGAGACUGCAUUGAACAGCAACAUGGAUACCACUGUGAUUGUGAGCCUGGUUGGAUGGGAGAGCAUUGUGAGUCAGAGAGAGACGAGUGCCAGAGUAACCCUUGCCAGAAUGGAGGCAGCUGUGUCGACCAUCACAAUGGAUACACAUGUCAAUGUAAAACUGGUUACAGAGGUUUGAACUGUGAGAUUGACAUAGAUGAAUGUGCCUCUCGGCCAUGUCAGAACCACGGUAUCUGCAAAGACGGAGUCAAUAGUUACAGCUGCCAAUGUAGUCCACCUUUCACAGGAAAACACUGUUCCGAAGAGCUUGCUCCGUGUGCCUCUCAUCCUUGUGAAAAAGGCGGCGUUUGUCGUCCAACUCCAGACUACACAUCUUACAUCUGUCUGUGUCCAGUUGGAUGGAAAGGCCCACGCUGCAGUGAGGAUGUUGAUGAAUGUAAAACAAAUCCUUGCAAAAACAACGGCCAAUGCAUUAACAGUCCUGGCAGCUACACAUGCAGGUGUCUCUCAGGGUACAGUGGACACAACUGCGAGACAGACAUAGACGACUGCUCCCCCAACCCAUGCCUGAAUGGAGGGUCUUGCGUGGACUCUGUGGCUGGCUUCACCUGUGAUUGUCGCUUGGGAUUCAAAGGGGACCGCUGUGAGACUGAAGUGGAUGAAUGUGCCUCACAGCCCUGCAGGAAUGGUGCCGUGUGCAGAGACUAUGUCAACAGCUUUGUGUGCGAGUGUCGUCCCGGGUUUGGCGGGAUUCAGUGCGAAAAAAACAUUAUCGUAUGCACAGAAAGUUCUUGCUUAAACAAUGGAACUUGCAUUGAUGACAUAAACACCUUUUCAUGCCGAUGUCGUCCUGGUUUCUAUGGCACGUUCUGUGAAUAUGAACAUAAUGAGUGUGACUCCCAGCCCUGUAAGAACGGCGGGACCUGCACGGACGGUCUGGGCACAUAUCGCUGCACUUGUCCUAUGGGAUACAACGGACAAAACUGCCAAAAUCUUGUAAACCUGUGCAGUCAUGUUCGCUGUCACAAUGGAGGGUCCUGCUCACAGACCACAACCACUUGGACCUGCCACUGCACCAGGGGGUGGACUGGGAUGUAUUGUGACGUGCCCAAUAUGUCAUGUCAAGACUUUGCUGCCAGAAAAAGUCUGAAAGUGGAGGAUGUAUGCAAAAAUGCUGGGAGCUGCAUUAAUGUUGGGUAUUCCCAUGAAUGCCAGUGCCAGCCUGGAUACACGGGCAGUUAUUGUGAUGAGAUGGUCGAUGAAUGCAAAUCCAACCCGUGUCGGAAUGGGGCCACAUGUGUAGACUAUCAGGGCACUUACGAAUGUAAAUGUAAACCAGGCUUUCAGGGAGUCAACUGUGAGUAUGAUGUUGAUGAGUGUCACUCCAGGCCGUGUCUCAACGGAGGAACCUGCAUCAAUCUCAUCAACCACUUCACCUGCGCGUGUCCACCAGGAACACACGGACUACAGUGUGAAGUAAAUGAGGAUGACUGUGCUCCCAAAGCUGGCUCCUCGGAGCCGCGAUGUCUGAAUGGGGGCCAGUGUGUGGAUGGGAUUGGCCGUUUCAGCUGCACGUGUCCUCCUGGCUUUGUAGGAGAACACUGUGAAGGAGAUCUGAAUGAGUGUCUGUCUGAGCCUUGCCAGGCCCCCGGCAGCCUGGACUGUGUGCAGCUGGACAACAACUAUCAGUGCCGCUGCCGCCUGGGUUACACAGGCCGACACUGCGAGUCCAUGGUGGAUCUGUGCCUGUCCAAGCCCUGCCAUAGCGGUGGGACCUGUUCUAUGAACAUGAGCUCAGUACAUGGUUACACUUGCUCCUGUUCUCCUGGUUUUACUGGAUUCAACUGUGGCGAGCUGGAAGGUUACAACUGUGCAAAGCUGCGGUGCUUGAAUGGUGGACACUGCGUAGACCAAACAUCAGGACACCUGUACUGCCAGUGUCAGCCCGGCUACAGCGGAGCACGCUGUGAAAAAUGUGACUGCAUUAAUGGAGGAACAUGUGCCAAAGACCCUUCAAACAGCUUCUCAUACAUCUGCCUCUGUCCCCCACAAUUUUCUGGACGACAAUGUGAGACCAAAGCUUCACUAAACAAACCACGCAACCACAUUGCAGUUUGUCCUUACCUUCAGUGUGAGAAACAGUCUGGAGAUAAAGUGUGUGACGAUCAGUGUAACAACUAUGAGUGUGAGUGGGACGGAGGAGAUUGCUCUCUCAACUGGAAGCAGCCCUGGGUUAACUGCACCGCUAGUGUGUUCUGCUGGGACCUCUUCAAGAAUGGACAAUGCAAUAGGGAGUGUGACAACCCUGGGUGUCUGUUUGAUGGCUUUGAUUGUCUGGAGGAUAUUCCAGAGCCUUGCAAAUAUGACAAGUACUGUGGAGAUCACUAUGACAAUGGCUUCUGUGACCCAAGUUGCUACACUGAGGCGUGUGGCUGGGAUGGCUUGGACUGUUCAAAAGAUUCCACACCCAAAUUAUUAGGAGGAGUUCUGAUCAUUGUGGUUCGGCUUCAGCCAGAGGAGCUGCUUGGAGGCUUGAGAGGCUUCUUGCGUUCCCUUGGGGCACUGAUACAUACAAAUGUCAAGGUGAAGUUGGAUGAAAAUAAUAAGCCAAUGGUCUACCCUUAUUAUGGGCAAGAGGAGGAGACUGGGUGGGACCUGUUUAAGAGCCGAAGCAAGCGUGAACUGGACAGAGAAGUGAUUGGCUCUCAGGUCUAUCUGGAAAUAGAUAACAGAGAAUGCUUCCAGAGAUGUGUCUCAACCAUAAAUGAAGCUGCAUCCUUCAUAGCCGCUGCUCACAUCAAAGCAGAUCUUCCAUAUCCUCUCAUAUCCAUAAGCAGUGAUCCAACUAUAGUCCCAAAACAAGACUAUUUGAUGUAUGUGAUCGGAGUAGCCGUGGUGAUUAUUCUGCUCAUCGUUGUCUUGGGUAUGUUAGCAGCCAAAAGGAGACAUAAACAGGGCGUCUUGUGGCUGCCGGAUGGAUUCUUGCCUAGCAAACAUGACAAGAGGAGAGAACCUGUUGGCCAGGAUGACUUUGAUCUGAAACACUUCAAGACACAGGACAUUGGCACGGGCGACCAGGGUUCGGGAUGGAUGGAAGAUGAAGCGGCUGCCAAGAAGCCGAGAACGGAGAACAAGCCGCUGCUUCCUAUAAGUAUGGACGGAGGUGUGGAUCAAAGACAGUGGACCCUACAGCAUCGCAAGGCUGCUGAUAUCACCCUAACUCCACCACAGGCAGACACGGACAGCGAUUGCCUUGACGUGAAUGUGAAAGGUCCAGACGGUUUCACACCACUAAUGCUGGCAUCAUUACGUAACGGUGGAGGGCCUGACUGUAGCAUACACGGAGAGGAGGAGGAAGAGAGUGGAGGAGAAGAACAGGGACCCAGUGUCAUUUCAGACCUUAUAGCUCAAGGUGCUUCACUGAUGGCUCAGACUGACCGCACAGGAGAGACCGCUCUGCAUCUGGCUGCCCGCUACGCCCGAGCUGAUGCUGCCAAACGGCUGCUGGACGCUGGAGCUGACCCCAACUCUCACGACAACAUGGGCCGCACUCCGCUCCACGCAGCAGUGGCGGCCGACGCACAGGGAGUCUUUCAGAUCCUCAUCCGUAACCGUGCAACCGAGCUCGAUGCCCGAAUGAAUGAUGGUACCACACCUCUGAUCUUGGCUGCCAGACUCGCUGUGGAGGGCAUGGUGGAGGAGCUCAUUCACUGCCACUCUGACAUCAACGCAGUAGACGACCACGGCAAAUCUUCUCUGCACUGGGCAGCCGCUGUGAACAAUGUAGAGGCGACUCUAGUUCUUCUUAAAAAUGGAGCUAAUCGUGACAUGCAAGAUAACAAGGAGGAGACACCCUUAUUUCUUGCUGCCAGAGAGGGUAGCUUUGAAGCUGCUCAGGUUCUUUUGGAUCACUACUCAAACAGAGACAUAACUGAUCAUUUGGACAGGUUACCCCGGGACACAGCUCAGGAGCGCAUGCACCAUGACAUUGUUCGUCUGCUUGACCAGUACAAUCUGGUUCAUAGUCCUCAUAAUGGGCAGCACAUGGGAGGAAACUCCUCUAUUGUUUGUGGCGCUAACGGAGCUGGCUACAUCGGCAUGCGUACUGGGCCACAGGGGAAGAAGAGCAGGAGGGGUGGAGGUGGUGCGAAGGUGGCUGGUGGAGGGCCGAAGGAGCUUAAGGACAUGAAGGCCAAACGCAGAAAGAAGCCUGCCGGAGGAGAGGGGCCAGGGACCGGAGGCAGCUCAGCUGGAAAUGGAAAUUCAGUAGGCGCCCAAACUAAUGGUGUGAAGACGGCAGGACUUCCUGAGAGCUCCAUCACCAUGUCCCCUGUGGAUUCCUUGGAGUCCCCUCACUCGUACACCGGGGAAGUAUCUGUGCCUGUGUCCACUGCAGCUAACUCCCCUCCCCUCCUCAGCAGCCCAAGCAGCAGGCCUCUGCUGCCUCCAGUCAGCCACAUGCUGGGCCAGCAGCAGGGCUGGGUGGGCAUGCCUAAACAUGGCUACAACGGCCCCAUGUUUGGGCUAGUUUCACACCAGAUGAGUGGACCGCACUCUGGUAUGGGCCAACACCGAAGCCAGGGGGCCAUGCUUACACCAAUGAAUGUGACCAUGAGCAGAGAGCAGCUUCCUCCCAUCGUCACCUUCCAGAUGAUGGCCACAGGAGGAGGGCAGCCCAUGUUGAAGCCACCUCAGCCUGGCCAGGUCCAGGUCACACAGUCCCAAGGUCCAACCACCCAGCAGGGGGGUCCACACCUGCACUGCUCCCAGAUAUACCAAAUGCCCGAACAGAUGAACAUGGCACAUGCCCUGUCCCACACUCACCCUCAUACUGUCAAUCACAAUCACAGCAUCGAUGGCCAGUCCCGAGCACUGCCGUCUUACCCCACCAUGCAGAGCCCUGUGGAUAAAUACCCCACACCCCCCUCACAGCACAGCUACACCCCUGCCAGCUCAGAGGGCACCACUCCGGCUCAUUCUGCCCACCCUGCCAGUGAGCACCCGUACCUCACGCCUUCUCCAGAGUCCCCAGAUCCAUGGUCCUCCUCCUCCCCUCACUCCAACUCGGACUGGUCAGAUGUGACCACAAGCCCCACCCCCCUGAACAGCGUCCAUCAUGCACUAGCCUCUUCACGCCGCACUCACAUUCCGGAGCAGGCGCAGCAUCCGACGCAGUCACAGCAGAUGCAGCAGACGCCACAGCAGGCCCCGCUGGGGAACAUGCAGAGCGUGCCCGCCCCGUGGCUCGCCCCUCUCACGGACCUGACGCCUGAUUCCAGCCCCUGUUCGCCGUGUGUGGGUCUCUGCUGGAGGUUCGUGAGGAGCGGGGUGCACUGGCCCGGACGAUGGCGCUCUCUGCGGGGAUUCUGUCGCGAUAAUCCGGCCUCUAAAGUGGACAGUGCACGUCUGGAGCAGAUUUUUAACAAACAUACACGUCUUUGUCUCGAUCCAGCCGUGGCUAUGGCGUCUUCCCGGCUCAAGUACAUGUCCCUGGGUGUGCUGGUGUUCCAGACCACGUCCCUUGUGCUCACCAUGCGUUACUCUCGCACGCUGCAGUCGGACGGCCCGCGGUACCUGGCCUCCUCCGCUGUGGUGGUGGCCGAGCUGCUGAAGAUCCUCACCUGCGUCAUGCUCGUCUUCAAGGAGCACAGCUACAGUAUGCGAGCCCUGAACAGUAUCCUCCGUCAAGAAAUAGCGCACAAACCGAUGGAGACGUUGAAGCUCGCCAUCCCCUCGGGCAUCUACACUCUCCAGAACAACCUGCUGUACGUGGCCCUGUCCAACCUGGAUGCAGCCACUUAUCAGGUGACGUACCAGCUGAAGAUCCUGACCACCGCUCUGUUCUCCGUGUCCAUGCUGGGCCGCAGGUUAGGCAUCUACCAGUGGCUCUCUCUGCUCAUUCUCAUGACUGGAGUGGCAUUUGUGCAGUGGCCUUCGGAGUCUGCGUCGGCUGCAGAGGAGGAGGCUCUGUCGGCUGGCUCUCAGUUCGUGGGGGUGAUGGCGGUCCUGGUCGCCUGCUGCUCCAGUGGCUUUGCCGGAGUUUAUUUUGAGAAGAUCCUGAAAGAAAGCAAGCAGAGUGUCUGGGUCCGCAACAUCCAGUUAGGGAUGUUCGGCCUCGUGUUUGGCCUUUUUGGCAUGCUGCUGUAUGACGGAGACCGGGUUCGAGAGUCCGGUAUGUUCCAGGGGUACAACACGCUCACCUGGACCGUCGUGGCGCUGCAGGCGCUGGGGGGUCUGGUCAUAGCGGCAGUUAUAAAGUACGCAGACAACAUCCUCAAGGGCUUCGCUACGUCCCUCUCCAUCAUCCUGUCAACGCUCAUAUCCUACUUCUGGCUCCAGGACUUUGAGCCGACAGGAGUGUUCUUCUUGGGAGCAGUUUUAGUCAUUGUGGCUACUUUUCUGUACGGAUAUGAAGCCAAGCCAGCCCCCAACCCCAGCAGAGCCUGA